AUGACAAAGGGAAAUACUAAGAAAAGAGAGUUGUCAAAUAUAAAUAAAAAGAAUGGACUAAUUAGUAAAAAAAAGAUACACAAAAAAAAUAAAAAUAAGAGUGAAAAUAGGGAUUACUAUAUAGGGAACGAAAAGGAAGAUAAAAAUGAUAAUGUGAGGAAAGAUGAAAUUAGAAAAUUUUCAAAAAACAAAGAAUUAAUUGCAAAUAUUUCCAAUAAAAAUAAUGAUUAUUUAAGAAAAAAUAAAAAUGAGAAUAGUUCAUUUGGUACACCAGAAGAUAUAGCUAAUGCAUCUUUAUUUCGAUACAUAAAUGAAUAUAUGUAUACAAAUAGUAGUGAAAUUGUAAAAAAAAAAUUAAAUGAAACAAAAAAUAUUUUUAAUAUAUAUCAUUCUGGUUAUAAUAAACAAAAAAAAAAAUGGCCUAAAAACCCUGUAGAUAUAAUUAUAAAAUAUUUAAAAAAAAAUUAUACAAAAGAUUCAAAAAUAGCAGAUUUAGGAUGUGGAGAAGCACAAAUAGCUAAAACAUUUAUAGAUUGGUCAAUAACAUCCUUUGAUUUAAUUCAAUAUAAUAAAUAUGUAACAGUUUGCAAUAUAACUCAAUUACCUCUUGAAAAUAAUUCAUAUGAUUGUUUUGUUUUGUGUUUAAGUCUUAUGAAUACUGACUGGCCUAAAGUUAUAUAUGAAUCUGUUCGUUGUUUAAAAAAAGGGGCAACUCUAAUAAUAGCAGAUGUUGUUAGCAGAUUUACAAACUACAAGGGUUUCUUAAAGUUUAUGCAUAGUGUUGGAUUUUCACUUCAUAAUAAAAUAAAUUUGGAUGAUUUUUUUCAUGUAUUAUUUUUUGAAAAUGUUAAAAAAAAAGAUAAACUACCACUUGUUGUAACUGAUAAAAUUAUUAACAAUACUUCAAAAUUGCUAUCCCCAUGUAUUUACAAAAGAAGAUAA